CAGAGUCGUGGCUAAGAUUCUCCAAUAACGAGAGGCUGAAAACAUCGCUCCAUAACGUCUUCACUUUCUUGCUGCUGCGCAGUGCUACUGCUCCACUCUCAAGCAACCUCAAUUCUAUGCAGUGACAGAUUGUAAAGGAAAUGCCGCUUCUUCAAGCUCCAUCUUCAGUUACUCUUUCCUUUCUUCCCUUAUCUUCACAAUCCAAAGCAGGAUUAUAUGUAGCUGAGAACUGUUGCCUUCUCUGCAAUUCCCCUUUCCCUUCUCAAAGACACUUGAGGCCAUUGAGUGUGGCAUCCACCCGUUCAAUUUUAACGCCUAAAGCUGCUUCUGUGAAAGCUAGUGCUUCUGUGGUAUCAAAUCAAACCGCUGAGGCUGAAGUACUUAAAGCCCUUGCACAGAUAAUUGAUCCAGAUUUUGGAACUGAUAUAGUCUCAUGCGGGUUUGUGAAGGACCUCCUUGUCAAUGAGGCUUUGGGAGAGGUUUCAUUUCGGCUAGAGCUUACGACUCCAGCAUGUCCGAUCAAGGACAUGUUUGAGCAAAAGGCUAAUGAGGUGGUUGCGGCACUUCCCUGGGUUAAAACGGUGAAGGUGACAAUGUCAGCCCAACCAGCAAAACCCGUUUUUGCUGGACAACUUCCACCAGGGCUGCAAACAAUAUCCAAUAUAGUGGCUGUCUCGAGUUGCAAGGGAGGAGUGGGUAAAUCAACUGUAGCGGUCAACCUCGCUUAUACUUUGGCUGAUAUGGGUGCUCGAGUUGGUAUCUUUGAUGCUGAUGUAUAUGGCCCUAGUUUGCCCACAAUGGUUUCCCCAGAAAACCGGCUGCUUGAAAUGAACCCAGAGAAGAAAACCAUUAUUCCAACAGAAUACUUGGGUGUCAAGUUGGUGUCUUUUGGAUUUGCUGGGCAAGGGCGUGCAAUAAUGAGGGGACCAAUGGUGUCUGGGGUCAUCAACCAACUACUUACUACUACCGAAUGGGGAGAAUUAGACUACCUUGUUAUUGACAUGCCUCCCGGAACUGGUGAUAUUCAACUCACCCUGUGCCAGGUUGUUCCAUUGACUGCUGCAGUUAUUGUUACCACGCCUCAAAAGUUAGCGUUCAUAGACGUUGCAAAGGGAGUUCGCAUGUUUUCUAAGCUCAAGGUACCUUGUGUUGCUGUAGUCGAGAAUAUGUGCCACUUCGAUGCUGAUGGGAAACGCUAUUACCCAUUUGGUAAAGGCUCAGGUGCUCAGGUUGUGCAGCAGUUUGGGAUCCCGCAUCUGUUUGAUCUUCCUAUCAGACCAACCCUCUCAGCUUCUGGAGAUAGUGGAACGCCUGAAGUUGUGGCUGAUCCUCGAGGAGAAGUUGCCAGUACGUUCCAAGAGUUGGGUGUCUGUGUAGUGCAACAGUGCGCCAGAAUCCGCCAACAAGUCUCGACUGCAGUAAGUUAUGAUAGAUCUAUCAAGGCAAUCAAGGUGAAAGUGCCCAAUUCAGACGAAGAAUUCUAUUUGCACCCUGCAACUGUAAGAAGAAACGACCGCUCUGCUGAAAGUGUGGUUGAAUGGAGCGGUGAGCAGAAACUGCAGUACUCUGAUGUACCAGAGGACAUCGAGCCUGAAGAAAUUCGCCCCAUGGGGAACUAUGCUGUAUCAAUAACCUGGCCAGAUGGAUUUAGCCAGAUUGCUCCUUACGAUCAGCUCCAAACAAUAGAACGCUUGGUCGAGGUUCCUGAACUGACUCCUGCACAGUAGCCAUGAUUGCAAGAAGAAAGAUGGUGCAGAUAGAAUUGAAGAUUUGUUUACACAACCUACCAAAGUUAAAAGAAGAUGCAUAUAGGUGGAGCUAAAAGGACCUCUGUGCAUACUUUCUAUAGAUUUGCAGUCUGUAAAUUGGCAGCAUGUAUUUGUCAUUACAACUCAAAAGUGUAUCCUUGAAGUGUGCAUUUAACAUUCUUGAUGACUUGCAAGUUUAUAAUGAAUUCCUAAAAAUGUUAGUAUCAAAUGUUUAUCACUA